AUAUUUUGGGAUGCAAUCUAAUCAUUAUUAUGUCACAUACUAAAGUGAGAUGUGUAUGCAGAUUCUAAAGAGCUCAAAAGGCAGAGGGAUAGGGAGCGGUAUGCAAAUAAUAAAGAUGAGAUCUUAAAACGCCGACGUGAAUUACGGGAGCUUAAAAAACAGCCAUACGCCGCUAACAAUGAGGAAAACAUACCAUGCUCUACACAGGUCACCACAAUAUCUAGAGUCACACAGAUACAGAACAUUGCUACUGAAGAAGGUCAUGUCUUCUAUACUUCCAACAUAUACGUGCAUUGUUAUUUCAAAGGCUCAUUUCGCAGCUACAGAUACUUACAGAUAUGGCGCCACAUGUGCAGCAGUAUGCAUCUCACCUGGGCGAUGACAAUGAGUCCGAUUGGUUGCACAGAAAUGAAGCAUGGCAAAUGCAAGCAAAACCAGGAGGAAAUAGACCUAUUCUUGUCGCCCAAUCCAAUAUUACUGGGGCAGGUUCACUCAGCCAAAUAUCGGACCUAACAAACAAUCGCGUAUGCCCAAGCCAAGGCCGCCCAAAACGCACUAACAUGUCAUGGUAUGCUCGAAUGUCUGAAGAAAAUAAAGCUGAGUAUCUACAGAGACAGCGUAUAGCCCACCAACAAAAGAUAGAUGCGGCAAGGAGUGGACUCGACGGGUCUCAACCACCAACUACUUAUAUACCGAGUUCACCGCAUACCCCAAUGAGCAACGUGACUCAAACGCCAUGCUGCGAGUCAGCUAUGGGGCAUGUGUCCACAUCUGCAAAUUUUCAUGGGCAAGAGAGUUUUGUAGCAAAAAGUGCAGAUCCUCAUAAGAGACGGCAUCAACGCAGGGAAAAAUACUCGCUCAUGACGGAUGAACAGAGGGAAGAAUAUUUGCGCAAUAACCGCAAGUAUAAGCAUUGCAGAAGGGAAAGCGGGACACUGUUUGACCACAACGAUACUAUACAUGUCAAAAAUAGCUCCGCAUCUAGCCCACGAACCAAUGAUGCCAUGCACGCACAAUCAUCUGAGCCAGAUCCAGGUGAGACAAACAUUACUGAUGAAUCCGAUCCUCCGGGGAUUUUUGAACCACUUGAACAAGAUGCUAGGUUCGAAGGUAAAAUAGCAUAA